ACCUCAACCUGCGCACCACUCGACGGUCUCUACAAUGUCCCGGGCAUCGCAAAUCACAUUGGCGACCACAUGCGUCACUGCAGUUGGCAUCGUCGCAUUCGUGCAUUGGUCGCAAAAGGCCGACAAAGCCGCCAUGCACAUGGGAGUUGUGCGAGACUUUGAGCAACAAAGAAUCAAGCGGGAACGUCAGGCCGACUUUGAGAUGCAGCGAGAACUCGAACAAGAAUACAGGAAAUACCAGACGGUAUCAAAUGGCGGAGGACCCGAACCACGGCAAGACCGAGGACCGGGACGAUGAUGCUUCACAUGGUCACUUUACUGUACUGCUACCACUCCACCCCACUCCAAUUGCACCCAUGACUGAAGAGCAUGUGGCCGCACCAGCCCCCGCCAUGCACCCUGAUUGCGCCACCACCCUUUGGUCCAGCGCAUUGGACCGGAGUCAGCAUAGCCUCACACUGGUUGUAGAACCAACAUCGCGGAAGACACGCUUAGGCGAGGGGGUACAAGGCAACGCUCAGCAUCAGACGCUAUACCAAUUGUCAAUCAACAAGCUGCAUCGUUUGUUCGGGUGCUUCAAGACGAUGUGUGCAACGUUGAAGCAACUUGAAGUUGCGUCACAGUCUCCCAAGAAACAGGCGACCAGGAGAUAGACGAGUUGAUAUACAAAAAAGUCAAUGGUAUGGCCACAGCGAUCAAGUGUCGCUUA